AUGGGAAAUGGCAUCAAUAAGAUCCUGCCCGACUUGUAUUUGGGAAAUUAUAGAGACGCAAGAGACCGAGAACAGUUAGCCAGGAACAAUAUCACCCAUAUCCUUUCCAUCCAUGACAACGCAGCGCCAGUACUCCAGGAGAUGACCUAUUUGUGCAUAUCAGCAGCCGACCUGCCCACACAAAACCUGAGUCAAUACUUCAAAAAGAGCAUCAUGUUUAUGCACGAAUCCCGAUUGAAAGGAGAAGGCUGCCUUGUUCAUUGUCUGGCAGGCGUCUCCCGCAGCGUCACUCUGGUGGUCGCCUACAUCAUGACAGUGACGGGACUGGGCUGGAAGGAUGCUCUGACCGCAGUGAGGGUGGUCCGGCCAAGCGCCAGUCCUAAUUUAGGCUUCCAGCAUCAGCUCCAGGAGUUUGAAACAGCUCAUGUCGAAGAAUUCAGAAAGUGGCUCCAGCAGGAACAUAAGGAGAACACAUUUAAAGACGAAGCAGACAUUAUGGAGCUGCUUGCUUCUUCUAAAAUCAAAUCUGAGCAAGUGGAAAACCAGGAAUUGAAGCAAAAGGGAUCCCUCUGA